AUUUCGGGCGGGAAACGAAGAAUUGUCUGCUGCAACUUUGGGCGGGUUGUGAAAGAAGAGAAGAAGGAACUGGCUAAAGAAGCUUCGAUAAGGUACAUAAGGUAUACGGCUUACCAGCGGCCACGCAAGUCCAGUCUGCCUAGAGCAGGCGUCCGCUCGUUACGCACGCGACCAACUCCCGGAGUCGAUACUGGCCGAGGCCAUUGGACCAGGCGAUAUUCCAUUGACUUCAACAUCGAAAUACUGCCGCGAUAACGACUGCUUCAAGCCGGACCACUUCCACCACCUGAACGUGUCGCUUUCGCGUUCCGCCCUUGACCAUGUCCUACUUCUCCCCUGAUGCCAUCCUGACGGAUGCGCAGAAGGCGCCCUGCGAAUUCGGUCUCGCCGUUCCGCAGCUCACACCUCUCAACAAUGGAUCUGCAAUCGACAAGGGCACCAAAUUGGAACUGCCUUUGUGGAUAGCAGAAAUGCUGGCUGUGUCGAAACCUGCGGACACGGCUCUGGCGACGCUGGAUAUGCCCGCACCGCUCGGCCAUCGUGUACUGAAUGCAUUACGAGCGGAUCCGAAGUCUGUUGAUGUCAGAGCGCAGGCGCAGUGGUUUUAUGGGUUGGGCGAGAGGAUGCUCGAAUUGUUCGAGGAUGAGGAGGUUGCGGAGGUGUUGAACGAUACAUUCAAGCAAAGAUCACUGGAGAUUGCAGACAAGGCGCAGAAUACCCGUAAUGUACAGCAAGGCAGUGAUAACGAGUUCAUGAGUGGACUGGAUGAGACGGAAAGGCAAUUAUUCCGUGCAGCACACGAUGGCAGUCAUGCCGUGAGGAAGUGGCUAGAUGUCAACAGCCGUCGCGAUUGA